UAGAGAGAGUGUUUUGCGGCGGUGAACUGGCGGCCCCCGAGGCUUGGCCGUUUACGGAGGGAAAGUAUGAGAGGAGCGUCGGUUGACCGCACCGACCUUGGGGUGGAUGUGGUACAGCGAAAUGAAAAUGGAAUUGAAGUGUUGGCGAUCGGUUUAGAAACCGGGAUGGGGCAUUGCAGCUUUCAUCAAAAGGAGCGAUCUGUCACCAUUUAGACUUCAUGUCAGAACCCUGUACAUCAGCCUGGCCAGGGCUUGGUAUGAACUGGAAGCCUUGGACGUGACCAAGGGCAGAUGGGUAUCCUAACUUGACUUUAACUAAGAACUGAUCAGUCAAGUGAAGACAGCAUGGGAUCUUUACUGAGUUUAUUUGGUUUUUUGAAGAAGGAAAUGCGAAUUCUAAUGGUGGGACUUGAUGCGGCAGGCAAAACCACAAUCCUGUAUAAACUCAAACUUGGAGAAGUUGUAACAACUAUUCCAACUAUUGGUUUUAAUGUUGAAACAGUGGAAUUCAAAAAUAUAAGCUUCACAGUAUGGGAUGUGGGUGGUCAAGACAAAAUUAGAACGCUCUGGAAACACUAUUUCCAGAACACACAAGGCUUAAUAUUCGUUAUCGACAGCAAUGACCGAGAGCGUAUCAAUGAGGCAAAGGAUGAGUUAAAUCGAAUGAUAACAGAAGAUGAGCUGAGAGAUGCUGUGUUGUUAAUCUUUGCAAAUAAGCAGGAUUUGCCGAACGCAAUGACACCUGCAGAGAUCACAGAUAAGUUGAAUCUGCACCAACUCCAUCACAGAUCAUGGCACAUCCAAGCAACCUGUGCUACUACUGGUGAGGGCCUUUAUGAAGGUCUUCACUGGCUGUCUAAUCAAACAAAUACAAAGCGAUAAUCUUCAUGAGGAUUGACCAAUCAAGCUGAUGUGUGCCUGUGUGUAAGUUGUUGAGUGGGAGCAGUUUCCUCACCAUGUGCCUUUUUAUAAUACAGAAGGGUUAGGGUCUGAUCUGAACUGGUAUUAUAAAUAAUUGUGAAAGUAUUUUAUUAUAGAUGAAUGGUUCUAGUUUGGAAUGUUGCCAGUAAUACUUAUAGGCUUGAAAUUAUAUUGCAACAUGUAAUUUAGCUGUCCAAACAUUAGUACCAUGAUGCUAUUUAAAGGCCCUUUUUCUAACUUGUGAUGGGAAGCAGGGAAAUGUGCUGGAUUGCUAGCUAAUAUUGAUGUGGAAUUUGGGAGUACUGCAAACCUUGCUUUUGAAUUAAUUUUUUUUGUUGUGCUGCUUGCAUGAAAAACUUGGUGGCAGUAGGAAGAAGUGAAUGUAUUUUCCAGAGAAAUGAUUUGCUGGCAAGUCUGAGUUUGGGUUGCUACCUCUGCAAAGAACAGACACUACGAAUAAUAGGAGGUCUGCACUGAAUGCUACAGAUUUAUGGCCUUGCUGAAACUUAAAUUCUGCACUAUAAUGCAUGGAGGUCACUCAGGCUGCUGCUCCUAUUCUGCAGUUUCCUAAGGAUGUAGGGCAACACUUGUAUGUAUUUGUUACAGGAGAGGGGUGAAGGGUCCAUUCAUAAAAAGACACAUAGCAAACAAUAUUUCUUGUACAUACCAACAACCAAGCCCUCAAAGGUACUGUAUCUUUAUCUUUAUCCAUGCAACAACAGUGAUUUUAAAAGCUCUCUUGAUCUCUUCUUUAAUAUAUAUUUGGAAUUAACCUUUAGGGUGGUAGAAAUUUUAAAAUUGCAUACCUGUAUUCCAGUAAGCCUCUGCAAAUCUUGGUAAGAUCAAUUAAACUUGGUGAAGAAUUAUGAAAACCAUUCAGGCUAUUUUGAAGAUUAUUUGGUGUCCAUUUUUUUAAAAAAAAUGAUGUUAAUAACUUGAAUACACGUCUUCUGAAUCUGAGCAAAACUAUAAAACACUUACAAAUUGACCUUUAAAAUACAAACACCAAUCUUAUUAACCAGCAAUAUAAAAGGAGAGGAGUGUGUUGGGAAUUGCCUGAAUUCUGUAGAUGCAAAACACCUAAAAUAAAAUCAGGAAAUGCUGAGCAGGUCUGGCAGCAUCUGCAGGGUGUUAACAUUUUUGGGUUGAUUGCCAGACAUGAGAUUGAGUUUACCCAACACUCUCAAUUCUAUUUCUACUUUACUUUAUUUACAGGGUUUAAGAAAAUAAUGUGAAAAUGCAUUUGUCAGAUAUUGCAUGUCAAAGCGAUAGGGAAAAUGAUUUUUUAAAAUGAGUAGACAUUGAGGUGCAAAUAAAUGUCUAGUCUGGGGGAUAAUGUCAGUUUUUCUUUGUUUGAAAGCUUGUUUUAAGAUGCACUCGGUUGAAAUGUCUCUUCCAAUAACCAGUCUCAUUACAUACCAGUGUGUUACUAUGUCUAUUUACUAUUGAAUUUCUGCUGGAUUUUGUGGGAUGUUUGAGGGAACUGGGAGAAAAGAACAUGAUUGCAAAUAUUUCUUUUUUUGUCAAUAAAAUUCUAUUCCCUUUAA